CCCUCCACCCAAAAAAAGCACCACCCUGCUCAGCAUAAGCCGGCGUUAGAGACGAUUGUGCACACUUACUGGGAUUCUGAUCGCUGAUCAGCUGCUGGUAGAUAUGGGACUACAUCCUUACUUGGUUAGCUAAAGUCAGAACAUUUCAUACUUUGGUUUUCUGUGAGACAUUUGGAGCAAAAAAAGAGGAGCAAUGUGGACCAAACAUUUUCUUUUUCUGGUCGGCGCCCUGUGCAUGUGCCAGGUUUUUUCGCAAGACAUCUACGUUGCGGAGGUGAUGGUAGAGAGCAACAUCACGCUGACGUCUGAGAGCAUCCUGGCGAGUUGGAGGCCAACCAUUUCCCUCAGUGUGGGUAGUAACGUUGUGACAAUCUCCAGCAGCGAACUGGUCGCAGAAUGCCUGGUUGUUGGAGAAGAAUACAGCUGCAACUGCUCUAAAGGCUACGCUUGGAGCAACGAGGUCUGCUACAAUUAUGGCUGCUGUACUGAAGCUACAUGUCUGAAAAAUGUGUCCCAGGCUACAUCCAUCUGCGUUGAGAAAUUCAACGUUGUCAUCAAUGGAUCUGUACAGCUGACUGCAGGGUCCUGGACUUCCGCACAAACCACGAUGCUUGAAACUGGGCUGAGGAUGAUGAAUGGCGUGGGAUCCGUGAAUAUCACUGGGCCGAGAUUGUUAGAGCCGGCCUUUGCUGACUUUCAGAUGGAUGUCUAUGUCAGAUUAGACAUUCCUAAGCUUCAACAGAUUCUCAAUGGUCUGACUGUCAACCUAUCAUCGGCUCCAAUUUACGUCGACACUAAAAAAAUGGUAAACAUCUCUGUCAAACCCAGCGAUACAGUGGAGUAUGAGACCAACAUUAAUCUUGCCUGCGUAAUGGAGGAAGCCACAGGAAGCGCUGGGUGGAACCUAAGUACACCAUCUGAGCGCUUUUCGAUCAAUAAAGGCCUUCAAACCCAAAUUACCACGGCCUGUGUUAAUGAAGUAUACAAAUCCUGUGUGGAACUUAUUGUAACAAAAGUAACAGGUGUAUGGACAGGUAUAUAUGAGUGUGGAUUUACAACUGGAACAAUCAGACACACUGCCAGCAUUCCCAUAAAAGUAGCUCCCCUGCCAGAUGUAAUUACCAUGAAGUUUAGCCCUAUGAUUGUAGAUUGUUCUGGCAACAAUCAUUCUGUAAAUAUCAUAGCAACUAUCCCAAAGCCUGAAGAGGAAUACAAAUACCUUUGGAGCUACAAUGGUGCAAAUGACAAAGAGACAAAUGCAGGUAAAAGUCAAAUAAGUUUCACUUACAACCGUCAGCUGGAAUGUGAAUAUAAAGACCCACAACGUGUGCAAAUCACUUUUAUAAACAGCCUAAAUCAGAAAAAGACUGCAACUGUGGAAAUCCCUGUGUUUCGUGAAACUGCAAAAUUCUGCAAAGAAGAGACUCUCAACAAUGAGAUUUGGCUAAAAACUCCGGCUGAUGUGACAUUGAUUAAUCAGACUUGUCCACCAGGCAGGGUUGGGUUCAAGUCACGUAUAUGUGAUAAGGAGGGAAUGUGGCAAGAUGUUUUCUCCAAAUGCAUCAGUGAGGAGCUGAGCAAAGUUACAGACGCAGCUAACAAUUUUCUGAAUGGACUUGGAGCCACACAGGAAGUGGCUAUGAACAUAUUUGAAGGAGUCAAGAACAGCUCUAGUUUAAGUUCAGAUGGCUCUGGUGAUGACGUUGCUGACAUUGGUGCUUCCAUUGGCAUUAUAGGAGUGAUGGCCAAUGCUUCAGUCAACAUUGUUCUGAAUGAGGAUGUGUUUCCUGAUUUAGUCGAUGCAGCCAGCAAUAUGGUCAACUCAAGCUGGAGUGCGGUAAAUGACACAAUUCGUUACGGCAUGUCUGCAAACUACCUUUCCAGUGUGGAGACUUUGGUGAAGAACAUCAAUAUCAACACCAGUGAGGGUUUCAACAGUACAAACUUGGAGCUCAAAUUCUGCUCAAGUGAUGACUGCAGCAUUAAUGUGUUUGGCAUUGAUGUCAAUUUGAACAAGACCAAUGGAACCAUGAAAACCUUGGGUGUGAAGAAUCUGAUGGAAAAAAUGAAAAACGACAAGUUCCCAGGCAGAAAUCGCAGCAGCAUAUUGCUGUCAGCCACCCUUGUAGGUAACAGUGAUUCAGAUAUUAAGAUUAAAAUGUUCUUCCCUGACGAGCAACCAACCGCCACAGAACGUCUCUGUGUCUUCUGGGACACAAAUAAAACAGACUGGUCCAGUGAAGGCUGUAUUGCCAAUGUCACCGACGACAACCAAACACUCUGUGAAUGCAACCACCUCACUUCUUUCUCUGUCCUCAUGUCCAAAAGCGCCAACGUCAAGGAUUCCUCGAUCCUUGACAUGAUUACAAACAUUGGACUGGGUGUGUCUAUUUUCUCCCUGCUGAUCUUUCUUUUCGUCGAAUCCCUGGUGUGGUCAGCGGUGACGAAGACGAACCUGUCGCAUUUCCGUCACACAGCCGUGGUGAACAUUGCCGUGUUCCGCCUGCUCGCAGACUGCAGCUUCUUGGCUUCGACUGAACCCACAAAGCUCUCCGACACCUGGUGCUUCACCUUCACCGUCUGCAAGCACCUGUUUUACCUGACGAUGUUCUGCUGGAUGCUUUGUCUGAGUGUGAUGCUCGUCCACCAACUCAUCUUUGUUUUCAGCCCAGUCAGGAAAAGAGUCUUCAUGUACCUCUCCAGCAUUGUAGGCUAUGUUGUACCAAUUGCACUAGUGGGAACCAGCUAUGUGUAUUACAAAUACAAAGAGCAGGAUUACUAUGAUAGAGAAUCCUGUUGGUUAACGUAUGUCCGGCUGUUAGAGGGCUCCAUUCACGCAUUUCUUCUUCCUGUGGGUACCAUUAUUUUGUCAAAUCUCUUCUCCAUGGUGGUUGUCAUUGUCACCUUGGUGAAGACCUCUGUACCAGACAGCAGCAAAUCAGAUGACAAGGACACAGCCAAGAGCAUUCUCAAAGUGAUUGUCUUUCUAGCUCCCGUCUUUGGAGUAACAUGGAUCAUCGGCUUUGCUUUACUCAUGCUGGACGGAAACAACCCCUUGUAUGAGGUUGCAGAGUACGCCUUCGUCAUCCUCAAUUCUUUCCAGGGUCUUUUCAUUCUGCUAACAGGUUGUGUGGGAGAGCAAAAGGUGAGGCAGGAAGUGAUUAGAAUCAUAAUGGCAAAAACUGGAAAAGACACUGAUAGUACCAAGAAACUGACUAAUAGUUCAACUACACUCCACACAAAAGACAAAUGAUAAAGACAGUGGAAACAGAAAGCAGCUCUGGUGACCGCAGCGCCCCCUGUGAUCCAGGAGAGAACACUUCUUGAAGUUUGCAAUGUGGUAGAUUUUGAUCUGUAGACUCUUCCAAAUGUGUAACUGGUUUCUCUAAGAACAUAAACGAAACCCAAUCAAGUAGACUAAUGAUGAUUAGCAGUGAGUUGGUGAUAUUUACAAAAUGAUGCAUAUAUACUGUAGAAGUACAUUCCAUAUGUGUCACUGACCAAUGAGACAAGCAACCCAUUUAAAUAACCAAUAUUUUCUUUAGGUUUAGGGUCAGUGUGGAGCUUUUAUUUAUUAUAAUUUUAAUUAAAUAACGCAAAUAGUGAAAAGUGACUGUUUAACUGUAAACUGCAUGCUUCUCAGUACAAAUAGCAACCUUCAUGCAAAUUUUUGCAUUCUGUUCCAAACCAAUGUAUAUAGAACAAAGUACAAUUUUAUCAAGUCUGAUUGUGAUCGGUUUAUUUAAAAAAGAAGUUAAGAUAGUUUGAUGAACUACAAGCUGUAAACAAUACUUGUAUAUUUCUGUAUGUAUUAGAAGUUAUAGUGAAAUAAAGACGUUUAGAAACUCAA